AUGCUUCCUUCUAUCUUGGUGAAAGGAAAGCUGGCUAAUUCCUCUCCUUCUGGACCCAGUCGCAGUCUAAAGAAGCGAGGAGGGAGCCCAACACAUGAGCCGGUCACCGAAGAGGUCGAAGCCUCCUGUUCCUCUUUGGCGCCAAAGUCGACAACGGUCGAGCCGCAAAGCAUGAUAGCCACAGCGCACGCAGAGGAAGUAUUGGCCCCCACCGACUUGGACGCAGACACCUGGAUGGACGACAGCACAUACCCGACAGCCACACAGAAUCCAUUUCUGAGCAACAAAAGCGAUCUUUCCACAAGUUCCUGGGAGAAUUUCACUGCCCCGUCUACGCUACAUGAGGACGAGGUCGGCAGCUCCUUCGACCUCCCCGUGCUCGACUGGAUCGGUUCUGGAGAUACCGAUGCUUGGGCACCCCUGUCACCUGUGAGAGAAACUUCUUACUCGCCGGCGAAGACCGACAGCACCAAACAGCCGACCGUAAAAGAGUGUCAAGAAAAGCCCACAACGCAACCUUCAUUCGCUUCGGAAGGAUUUGUGAUUUACUCUUACUAUCCUUUCCUUGAGAUGGAAAAUCUAUCUCUACUACGACCUGAGGAGACCCAGUUUCUGGAACUGAACCACUCCUUGCACGUCCCUAUUCCAGCCGUGCUUGAUGAAUUUAUCCAGCAGUACUUUUUAUACGUUCACCCGAACGUACCCAUGCUCGACGAAGGAGACUUCUGGGAUGCCUACGGUCAGCGGAGCCCGAGAAAAAACAACCGUAUUCCACUCCUCGUCUUCCAAGCGAUGAUCUUCUCUGCGAGCAGUUUUGUCUCUAGAGAAACACUCCAGCAACUGAAUUUGUGGAGCACUCGAGAAGCUCGUAGUAGAUUCUAUCAGGCAGCUAAGACAUUAUAUCAACACAAUGACGGUAGAGAAGCUUCUAUCAUGGCCCGUGCCUGCCUACUCCUUAGCUAUGAUACUUCGCCCGUAAGGCUGCGAUCGAACAGCUACUGGAUGACUCUAGCCGUUCAUUUCGCUCGAGAAGCUCAAGCGGAUAACUACCAACACAGAGUAAACUCUCCCGAACGGAGGCGGACCCUGAAGCGCCUCUGGUGGUCAUGCAUUCUACGAGAUCGAAUUGUGUCUCUUGGAGUUCGCCGGCCGCUGGUGCUCACUUCCGAUGAUUUUGACUUCACUCUCCCUCCACUCACGUUCGACGAUUUCGAAAACGACAUGGGCAGAUCGAAAGUUGUAGACUCCAAGACUCAGAGAGCUCUAAUCGGGGUGAUUGUGCGCAGAUGCAAGCUUUCUGUCGCCCUCACGGAUCUCCUAAUGCUGGCAUACCCUCGCAAAGAACCGUUUGUCUUUGAAUCCGAGGCAGAAGUGCGCAGUUGUCUCGCGCGUAUCAAGACAGCCAAAGUCUUACUCGAACACUGGUAUAGCGAAGCUGAGCAAGAUCUGCAGCAUCCCGAACACGCCGAAGAAAGUUACUCGGUGUUGCUUUUACAUGUGGAUGCGACUCUGAUAUAUUACCAGUCCGCACGAAUGGCACUGUUCAACUUGCGUCUUCUUGCCAUAGCCUCAUCUAGGGAUGGGGCAUGGAAGAAGGACAUUAUCGAUUGCAAGACAAACCUCGAGACGGCUGCAAAAGGCAUAACGGAGGUCCUUGACGGGCUCCUGCAGCGCAAUCUCCUCCAGUAUUUGCCGAUCAGCAUAGUCGCUUAUGCCGCCUUCCCCUUGGUCCUGCACACCCUAAACAAAAAACUAAACUCCUCGGGCUCUUGGAACGAGACGGAGAAGAGGGACUUGCACGUCUACACAAAGUCAAUGGAGGUAUUUUCGAGUAUGUAUGAUGGCACAGACGUCGUGCUCGAUUCGGUGCCCACAAUCGUCGGUAACAUCAAAUUCGAGGAUGAUGGCAAGUCAUCCGGGAAGAAUUCGGAUCCAGCAAAGAGCAACGAAGUCAAACCGUCAGGCGAUCAGUAUCAUGAUCCUGCGCAUCGCCGUUCAGCACAUCCACGUGCGGAUGCUCUCAGCCAAUGUGGUUGGGGGGACGUUCUUCUCCUUCGCCCGAGCUGUUACUUGAGGCUUGCGAUGACCAUGGAUAUUUUUCUCUGCACUGGCCUCGUGCCGAAAGACGUCCAGCUUCCAUCUCGCCUUCGGUCGUCUCAGCAAGGCACAAGGCUUCCGAUGUAUCAGAUCAGCCUGCAAAUGAAUCAAAUCGGAGAAGCUACAGCAGUAGGGCAAAUCAAUCAGGGCGAGCCCCAUUCUCAAGAUGAUGAGGAGCAUGAACAAAUGUAUGUCAACCCAGUCCUGACGCUCUCCUGGUGA